AUGGUCUUUUCAUCAGAUCAGCCCUCGGUGGUCUCCGCAGGGCAAGAGGUUGAAGUGGUGGACGACUGUGACGAGCCUCCCGAUCAGAACCGUCUACACAACCGUCCUAAUAACGAUCAAAUAUACAUCAAAUCACCUCCCUUGGUAGCGGAAAAGAAGGAAUCUCUGCUCACCCGAGCUUUGAAGAGUCCCGAAAUCCCUCCCGUCGAUCGUACCCGAAAAGCCUCUUAUCCUAUGAGCAAUGGGAGCGGCCACUCUACGGCUGAAUUGACCAGCGACGGCGAUCUCACCAGCCCAGCCUAUUCUAAUACCUCCAGCCCACCACACGUAUCUACACUUCACCUAGCUCCUGUCUUGGAAUCAAGGACAGCUUCGCCACCUGCUGAUCCUAAUGAAUCAAAAAUUGAGGCUGACUUAGGCCGCAAGCGGUGUAUCAGCUUUGCCUGUACAGCUCGGCAACCAGUACGCCCAAAAGAAGUUGAGAAGCAGAAAACGGAAGAUAGCGACGCGACGAACCCUCCCCAACGCAAAUCAAGGAGAUGCCAAUCGUACACCUCUCGCACAAAUCGCUCUCCUCCACCAACAUGCCGCCGCUCCUCCGCGGACUCGAAACAAGCCGAUGCUACUCCGAUCCGUGCUACAGAACCGGCGCCUGUGAAGAAGCCUGGUAGCAUUCACAUGCCUGGUUUGGGUGAUUUUCAGCCAUCCGAAGAGACACGCUUUCACGAAUUUGCAAGUUCCUUGGAAGAGGUAGACGGAUGGGUAGCCCAAGCGACUGAACAUCAGGGAAAGAUUACGGUGGCCGACUGCAUGAAAAAAGAAAUGGCCAUCCGGAAAUUGGGAGAAGAAGCUGAGGCCGAAGCUAUUGCUGAAGAAGAGGAAGAGGAUGAAAUGGAUAAUGGAGACGAAGACGACACGGUAGACUUGGACGACGAGGAAGAAGAUGCAGAUACAGUCCACGACUUUUCUUCUGACGACGGCAAUGAGUCAGAUAACGAGGCUGGAUUUGCUGACUCGGAUGAUGAGAGUGAUGACAAUUCCGAAUACGAGUUCUGGGCACCCUCAACGACUACCGCAGCGACAAGCGCUGACAAUAUGGAUAUUAUCCGUUUGGCCGUCGAUCGUCGCAAUUCCACUACAUCCAUCGAAUCUUUGAAACAUGAAUAUAGUCGACCUCCAUCGUCAAUGGCUGGAUCCAAGGGAAAGAGUCGCCGUCCAAUCAAUAUUCCUCGAGCACAGACUCCGGACUUGCCGGAUAGCACUGAUUUUGUGUGUGGAACACUCGAUGAAGAUCGCCCUCUAGAAGCGGCGUACAUAUCAUGCAUCGAAGAACGUCGUCGCAAAAAGCACAUUCCAGUUCCACAGGAUAUUGACCCUAGUUUCCCAACUACGGAUCCUGAAGACAAUGACGAUGACUUGGAAGAGAAUGAGGAUGACGCCGAGGAUGAUGAGGUAGCGACCGCUGCACGCAUCGAAGAGGAUCUUUUACGCGGCAGAUCCAAGGGAACAUUGAAAAAGAAGACGACAAGAGCAUCUCCUCGACGUGUUCAUUCACCUGCUCCACGUGCACAUGGACAGGUUUCACCGAAGCGCAUGAAAUCUCCCGCUCCCAAACCUCGCCAUGCAUUGGCUGCUGGGUUGCCUACGAUUUCUAUCCCCGUUCCAAGGACAGGCGUCAAUAUUACGGGACCCGUGCAACGUCCUCACUACGGCCGGACCAAGUCUUUACCUCGCACUCCCAACCCAUUCUUCACAGGCUUAGAAGAGUCUAGACAACCCAUUCAACAGGCAUCUCCUUCAGGAAAGUCCAUAGACGGACCAUCCUCCCGCAGUCGGGAACUGCACACGCGCGGACCCAUUGAUAUCAUUCAAGGGCUGGAGCGCAAACGACAAAAACGCAAGGAAAAAUUCUGGCGCCAACAUUGUCGCAAAGCAGCUGCCAAGGAACAAUCCGAACGACGUGCAGCACGCGGCAAAGGUGCAGAACGCAUGAAAGAGCUUGGUCUUGAAGUGGCUGAGCGGUUUAAAGCAUACGGUGUUACCAAAGAUACCCAAUUGAUGCUGUCUGUUUAAUGAGAUUGAACUUUCUCUUGAUAUUUGUGCUCUUUUCUUAAACUUCUGAUGUACAUACACUAACAUCUUUUCUUAUCAUUUUUAAACAUAAAUUCCUGUCAGAGCAUGAUGUUAAGUCAAACAUUACAGCGUCAAGGUGGUUGAUUGAUGAAAAUAAAUUUAAUUCAUUUAUUUCUCUCUAUAUCCUUUUGUGCAUUUGGUUUGGUUUUGCAUUACUGGUUGGUUGAUUGAAGCGAGCAGUCCUUUUAUACAGAUAUAUACCCAUCGCAUUACGAGUGUAUAUAAGAAUGUCAAUGACCUAACGAUC